UAUACGUCGAUGCUUAUAAUCUUGUUUACAAAACGUUUACAAUUCAUCGCGAAUUUUAAAGAAAAUUGUUGUGUUUUUAUAGGUAAGAAUCAGUAACCGUACCAUGGCGGACAGUAAAUCAUCGCGAAGACGUAAAUAUUCGACUAGUUCGAAUAGUAGUGUGGAUAGUGCUGAAGAUGAACGCCGCAAAGAUUUGAAGGAAAGAGAUGAGUUCGCCAAUCGAUUACGAAAGAAAGAUGAAAGCCACACGAGAAAAGUUACCGAGGCAUCGGGUAAAAAGGGAUACGAAGAGGCGGCAAAACGGCUUAAAAUGGAACUCGAUGAUCGAGACAAAGUUGUGCCAAAUUUGCGGUUACAAUCUCGUCGGAUUUAUUUGGAAAAGCGUAAAGAGGACAAAGUGGCCGAAUUGGAGGCAGACAUUCAAGAUGACGAAUAUCUCUUCAAUGAAGAAGUUUUGACACAACGUGAAAAAAUUGAUCGUGAACACAAGAAACAAUUGCUGCAAAUAGCCAAAGAACAUGAAAAAGCCCGUGAAUUGGAACGAGUGCAGCGCUAUCAUAUGCCACAAGAUAGAAAAAAAGGCGAAAAAGACGAUUACUAUGAGGUCGAUGAACGUGAAAAAUUGCCAAAUUCUGAGCAAAAGAAAUGGGAAAGUGAACGAUUGGCGUCAGCAAUGUAUAAAUUUGGCGCCAAAGAUGCGACCGAGAAACAAAAACAACAAGAGGAAUACGAUCUGCUUUUAGACGACCAAAUUGAAUUCAUUCAGGCAAUGACAAUUGAUGAGUCGAAAAACAAAGAAAAAAUUGAACCUCCAAUUUCGGAAACACAAAAGAAACGCAUGGAUAUCAAAGAGACAAAGGAAUCACUGCCGGUAUAUCGGUUUAGGGAUGAUUUGAUUGCAGCCAUACGUGAGCAUCAGGUCUUGAUCGUCGAGGGAGAAACAGGAAGUGGUAAAACGACGCAAAUUCCCCAAUACUUAUACGAGGCAGGUUUUACCCAAGGUGGCCAAAAAAUCGGUUGUACUCAACCAAGAAGAGUGGCCGCAAUGUCUGUAUCGGCACGUGUUGCCGUUGAAAUGGGUGUCAAAUUGGGAAAUGAAGUUGGUUACAGUAUUCGAUUUGAGGAUUGCACCUCCGAACGAACGGUUUUAAAAUACAUGACCGAUGGUACAUUGCAUCGUGAAUUUUUGUCCGAACCGGAUCUUGCGUCGUACAGUGUUAUGAUCAUCGAUGAAGCUCACGAACGCACUCUGCACACGGAUAUUCUAUUUGGUCUCGUAAAGGAUAUUGCACGUUUUCGUCCCGAUUUAAAAUUGCUCAUUUCCAGUGCCACGUUGGAUGCUGAGAAAUUCUCUCAAUUCUUCGACGAUGCACCAAUAUUUCGCAUUCCCGGUCGAAGAUUUCCGGUUGAUAUUUACUACACAAAAGCACCCGAAGCUGAUUACAUCGAUGCAUGUGUUGUGUCUGUCUUGCAAAUUCACGCAACUCAACCACUUGGUGAUAUUUUAGUCUUUCUCACCGGUCAAGAUGAAAUUGAAACCUGUCAAGAAAUGCUACAGGACCGUGUUAAGCGUUUGGGUUCAAAAUUGCGAGAACUACUGAUUUUACCGGUCUAUGCAAAUUUACCAAGUGACAUGCAAGCCAAAAUCUUUGAACCCACACCGAAAAAUGCGCGAAAAGUUGUGUUAGCAACAAAUAUUGCAGAAACUUCGUUAACUAUCGACAAUAUCAUUUAUGUAAUUGAUCCCGGAUUUGCAAAACAAAAUAAUUUCAAUUCGCGCACGGGAAUGGAAUCGUUGAUGGUGGUGCCGAUUAGUAAGGCGUCGGCCAAUCAACGUGCUGGUCGGGCCGGACGAGUGGCAGCGGGCAAAUGUUUCCGCCUGUACACAGCCUGGGCAUAUAAACAAGAAUUAGAAGACAACACAGUACCCGAAAUUCAGCGCAUCAAUUUGGGAAAUGCAGUUUUAAUGCUCAAAGCACUGGGUAUCCAUGAUUUAAUUCAUUUUGAUUUCUUGGAUCCACCACCGAACGAAACGCUGGUACUUGCUUUGGAACAAUUGUACGCUUUGGGAGCGUUAAAUCAUCAUGGCGAACUAACUAAAUUGGGCCGACGAAUGGCUGAAUUCCCGGUCGAUCCGCUGAUGGCAAAAAUGUUAAUCGCUAGUGAAAAGUAUAAAUGUUCUGAAGAUGUUGUUACGAUAGCUGCCAUGCUAUCGGUAAAUUCAUCCGUUUUCUAUCGGCCGAAAGACAAAAUAAUUCAUGCCGAUACGGCGCGGAAAAAUUUUAACGAUCCAAAUGGCGAUCAUUUGUCACUACUCAACGUGUAUAAUCAAUGGGUUGAAACCGACUACAGUACCCAAUGGUGUUAUGAGAAUUUUAUACAAUAUCGUUCGAUGAAAAGAGCUCGUGAUGUACGCGAUCAGCUGGUGGGUUUGAUGGAGCGGGUUGAAAUUGAAAUGGUUUCAUGUUUACCCGAAACGAUUCCGAUUCGAAAAGCAAUUACAGCUGGUUACUUUUAUCACAUUGCAAGAUUGUCAAAAGGCGGCAAUUAUAAAACGGCAAAGCAUAAUCAAACCGUUAUGAUACAUCCGAAUUCAGCAUUGUUCGAAGAACUGCCCAGAUGGGUGCUGUAUCAUGAAUUAGUGUUCACAACGAAGGAGUACAUGCGGCAAGUCACCGAAAUUGAAAGCAAAUGGCUGUUGGAAGUGGCACCACAUUAUUACAAACCAAAAGAAUUGGAGGAUUCAACGAAUAAAAAAAUGCCGAAAACAGUUGGUCGGGCAACAAAAACAGAAUAAAUUGUGUAUAUUGGAUUAAA